GGGAUGGGAUAAGAUGGAGUGAGAUAGGAUGAAAGGGGACAUAGAUAGGAUGAGAGGGACUUAGAUAGGAUGAGAGGGGAUCAGAUAGGAUGAGACAGAGGAUGAGUAUGGGAGGAGGCGAGGAAGGGAGAGAUAAGACAAUUGAGACCUUGAGACCCAGGCCUGAAGAUUUCUGAAUAAUGAGCGAUCACCAAGUAGUAGCCCAGCAGAGAUACCAGAGAUAGGGGGGGAGGAAGGAGGAUGAAUGGAAUAAUGGGAGCGAGGCAGUGUUUCGCCGUAGCGUUGUCGUUGGCAGCACGAGCAGCAAAUGAGAGCAGAGGGCCAAGAGAUGAUCGCGGGCACGACGACCACGACGACCACCAUGGCUGGCCAGGCUCGGCUUUCUUUGAUGCUCACGAUGCGGAGCGGUCCCCCUCACCAUUCAUGCCCUCCGCAAGUAAGAAUGGGUGGAUGAUGGAACGCACGACGUUGUGCCUGUGCUGGUGGGAAGCCGGGCUCACAGCGCGCUCUCUGACUGGCGGAGGACUGCAAGACCGGGCGCGCAGGGCGAAGGGGACGAAUAGGACCGACACGGCAAAGUCACACUGUGGGACGGGGAUGACCAGGCCUUUAUGUCACCAUGUGCGUAUCGCUCAAUCGCUCAAUAAUGGGCUAAUGGGCUCAUGGGCUCAUGGGCUACUCACUGUACUGGGCCCUGAGUCCCUGGGCGCCCACUUUGCGUCAUGGCGUUUGCCAUCCUGCGAAGAUGCCGUGGUCUGCCCGUCUCUCCCCCGUCCGCCCAGCCUUGCCUUGCUUGUGCCUCGUCCCGCAGGAAUCGACGUGCAAAUCUUUAUAUAA